AUGCAAACUCGUUUCCAGAUUAUGGGGACCGGAGUCGCAGAUCUACCAUGGGUCCGGAACGGCUGGUUGGUCAUGACAUUCGUUGAUGGGGCGUUCUGCAGAGUACUGACAGCCAGCGAGCAGAAACAGAUCAACAGGCUGGUGGCCAAACCAGUCAAUACCCUCAGCGUGCGACGAUUCGAGAGCCACAACGAACCAGAUGUACCGUCUGCCAAGCGUCAAAAGAAAGACGGUGCGCGACCAUGCGACUCAACAAUGAGCCCAUAUUUCACGACACCUCGGGCGAAAAAGAACAGCGAGCUUCACGACGUCCGCGUUGAGCCGGACGAAAUAUAUGAUAUUAGAAGUAGUUCAAGCGCGGGAAAUGCAGGCGCCAGCAAUCUGUCACUCCUCGAAUAUCGGAACGUACUGCCGCCGAGUAAGAAAGGAAGUCGGCGACGUAGAAGCCGGACCGGGCUGAAUUCGAGUUCCCAGCAGCGCGAUCCGGUUGACUCCAGUUCUGGUCCCUAUCGACUUCCCACGAUUUCUACAAAGCGAACACUUAUAUCUACAAUCUCGGACAGCCCAGAUGUCCUCAAUUCUGAAAAGCCACCUUCUAGGGUUCCGGAGGCAGUUUCUGAUAUCUCUCCGCUUUUCAAUGCAAAAAGAGAACGACCACAUCGUCCUGGAGACAACUUUGGACGUCAGUUCAAACGGCAAAAGCCGUCAACAGCCAAGGAGACCAUCGACAUUUCGGAAGAUGAACUUCAGGCCGAUUCUGCCAAGCAGAAGGCCCCGAACGAAAGAGAAAACGCAAUCUCACGAUCCUCUGGCACUGCGGGUGGCUUUAGCAAGAAUCCUAUGCGAGGUGACAUCCAACACACGAUUUUUGGGAAAAGGUCACGCCGGCCACGAUCCGAAAUGAUAGCCAUAACCAGGGCAGUCUGUGGGAAAUGGGUCUAUAAUCGCGGCGACCGUUCCGGUGCAGUCUUUUUGCAUCGAGAAGGAAAGGAGGGCAAAAAACUUGACCCAGUAUUCGAAAAUGGUCAAGUAUCAGGCGAACAUGCUUGGCUGGGCGUUGAUCUAGAUCAAGUUCGUUCCUUUGGAGUUUCAGAGGUGCCGAACCGUUAUGGUUUCGUCUCACGCUCGCAAUCGGGAGAUGCAGGCCCAAAGCUUUAUCUGGAAUUUGAAAACCAUGAUGGCAUCGAGGCAUUCUGCCACGCUCUCAAGUCUGUGUCCAUCCCAGAGAAAUUCAUCGCUGAACUCGAAAAAAGGGCCGAGAGAGCGUUCGACGAGGCAAGGAGCUGGAUAGCUUCAAAUAGCCCUCCCAAGUACAGCAGCCUAAUAUUUGCCCAAGACAAGAGAGAAAACGAUACAGACCUAGCACCCUCAAACCCAGAUGGACGCCCAGGAUCGACGCGCGCAAAGCUAAAAGACAACUUAAUACAGUCAGCCAAGAGUUUGAAUGAUUCUGAUGCUUUGCAGCGAAAAGACAACUUAAUACAACCAGCCAAGGAUUUAGAUGAUUCUGAUACUCUGCGGCGAAGAGACAACUUAAUACAGUCAACCAAGAGUUUAGAUGAUUCUGAUGCUUUGCAGCGAGUUGAGGAGAUGCUAGAUUCCGAUACCCGUCGAUCUACGAGAUCAUCCGCUCCGACUACUCGCUAUCGCAUGCCGUCCCCGGUAGGCUGGACACAAGUUAACCCGGACUGGCAUGAAUCGUGGCAGGCACCGCUCGUAUUCCCCCCAACUGGAAAGAAUAGAGCGACGGUGGAUAAGAUUGACAUUCCCAGACUAGAUGAGAAUGAAUUCUUAAACGACAACCUCAUCAACUUUUACAUCCGAUACCUUGAGCACAAGUUGGAAAGAGAAAGGCCGGAACUGCUGCGCAAAGUCUACUUUUUCAGCACCUUCUUCUUUGAAAAGUUAAGGUCUACAAAGGGCAAGAUUAAUUAUGACGGUGUUAAAGCGUGGACUGCCAAGGUAGAUUUGCUAUCUUAUGACUACAUCGUUGUGCCCGUCAACGAACAUGCUCACUGGUAUCUGGCCAUUAUUUGCAAUGUUCCCAAUGCCAUCCAAUCCACCUGGGAAGGGAAAAGCUCAGAAACAUUGACAAAUUCAAUGUCCAAUGCCAUAGAAGUAACAGAUACGCCCAGCUCCCCCAGAUUAUCGACGGUUGAGAGAGAUUUGACAGAAAUCUCCUUGGAGGAUGGAACUACGGCGACUGGAAAGCAAAAAGAAGAGACAGCUGAGGUAUCGCGAUCGCCUCCUAAGAAGAGGAAAUCUGCAGGCGCUACAUCGUCCAAAUUUGACCCUUCACAGCCGAGAAUCAUCACCCUUGAUUCACUCGGUGGGCCACACGCCCCAACCUGCAAAGCGUUGAGGGAAUACUUGAUCGAAGAAGCAAAGACAAAGAAGGGGAUAGAGUUGACAACAGUUCCCGCAGGCAUGACAGCUAGAGGAAUACCCGAGCAAAACAACUUUUGCGAUUGCGGCGUCUUCAUUCUGGGCUAUAUGCAAGAGUUCUUGGUAAACCCUGAUGAAGCUGUGCGUAAGCUACUGAUGAAGGAAGAACUUGGAUGGAAUAUUCGUCCGUCUGAGAUGCGAAAUCGCAUAAGAGGGCUACUCUUUGAUCUUCAAGGCGAACAACAAGAGCACCACAAGCAACUCGAAAAGGAAAAAAGGCUCCGCAGGGCGAAGAAAAGGUCCAUGGCCCCAUCGAGCCCGCGAAGCUCUUCACCGGUCAGAUCGGUAGUAAUGUCACCCCUAGUACCAAAGCUGCCGGGUGCAUUUCCAUCAGAUUCUCCAGAGAGUAAGCCAGUACCAGAGACAGCGCUUUCGGCAUCAGAAUCUAUACAAGAAACCGACGGCUCGGAAGGCAAAGGCUCGAACGACAAUGCGUCUCAUGAAGCUCGUGAGAAGCCAAAUACAUUCGAAGAAUUCCGAUUCAUAACUCCCUUGCCUGGAUCGAGCAUCAGCCCCCCAAACACAAAGGACAAAACCCUUAUCGGCACUUCCUCUUCAAUCCCCAGACUUGACAGCCGCUCCAGUAGAGUUGUCGUAGAGCUGAAAUCUGCAAGGGGGUAUGACAAGAGCGAGUUUGAAGAGCCAACUUUGCUCGACGACGAUGAGGUCCAGAUUGUGAAAGAGCCAUACGCGCAAAAGGGCAGCUCAAAGGCUACAGAGACACGCAGGCGUCGACACUCUUCAGUGGAAGUGGUAGAGGCAACAACAAGUCGACCAACUUCAUCCUCUCGGAUGCAAAAUCAGGAGAACAAGCCUUCCGUCCAUACUUCGCCUCGGUUGAAACCGCGUCAGUCUAUUGAAUACGACAGUGACCAUAAGACCCGCGGAGAACCCAAAUAUGAUGGCAUAGACAGAUCGGGUAAAUCUUCUGGCCAAACAGUAUUAUAA